GUCACCAAAUAACGUGCCGGCGGAACAAAGGCCCCGGCGGAAAGAUCGCAGAACGUUGGCUCUCCCUGCGCCCCACCCGCCCCCGGCCGCCCCCUCCCCUGGCGUCGCACUGCAUGAGCAUCGCGUUCCUCCCGAGUUUAAUCUCUGCAGCGUUCCGGCAUAUCACCCCUCCCUCCCUCCUUUAUGAGACGUUUGGGCGGCUCAUCUGCUGCGUGUUUCUCUGGCUUCGUGGGUCCCCAGUGACAACUGCAGCCUCACGCCUCGCCUCCACGCCCCCCGGGCAAUUCCACGCUCUGUCUCUCGACCCGCCUCCCCAGCCCCGUCUUGGAGAUCAGUCUGGACGUGGAUGUCGAACCGGGGAUGCCUGGCGUAUCACGCUGAGUGCCCCCAGCGCCAGGGCGGGGCGGUGGGCCGGCUCAGCCCACAGGCAGCCUGAACAUGAAGGCGGCGCCCGCUGUCGGAGCCGCGCAUCGCUACCCAUCCGUGAGCUCCCAGAUUAA